AUGGCUGCCAAUGCAACCACAGACCUCGUCGCGGUCGAUGAUGAGCAACUGACUCUCCACCAAAUCCACACGCUCGUCAUCGUCGAGCGAAUCGGCGGCUGCCUCAGCUUGGUUUCUGUUAUGCUCAUUUUCCUCGCCUACUGGCUGGUUCGCCGAGUGCGCAACGUGCAAAACACCUUCAUCGUCUUUGCCAGCAUCUCCAAUGUUGGCGCCAGUAUUGCGAGCAUCAUCGCCUUUGCCGGCGUGAAUGCUGGUCAAAAGAGUGCCUUAUGCCAGGCCCAGAGCUUCAUGUUUGAAAUGUUCAUGCAGUCUGACCCCUGGUGGUCUUUAGCCAUGGCCAUCAACGUCUUUCUCGUCUUCUACUUCCACACAAACCCCGACUCGUUUCGCAAGCGCUGGUGGAUCUACUGCUUGAUCUGCUAUGGAGGGCCUUUCGUCAUUGCCCUGACUCUCCUCCUCCUUAGAAGCCCGCGUGGCCGUGUCUACGGCGGAGCUACAAUCUGGUGUUGGGUCGACAAGCAGUGGGACUUUAUUCGAAUCUACACGUACUACAUGCUAAUCUGGAUAUGCAUCGUUGGCUCUCUCCUCUGUUACUUCCUGGUUGGAUGGCAUGUCUUUCGCAUGAGAAACCGGCUACGAAGCUUUUCCACGUCAAAGAAUAGGGAAAAGGACAAAGACGUGGAGCCGGGCCAACCAGACGCAGCACAGAAUGGCUGCUACGGCACCGUCACCACCGAAGUUCAAGUCACGCAUACUCCCGCCAACACUUCACCCCCCGAGCCUCAGCCCGCCUUCAUCCAGCCAAACAACAGGCAGGUUUCUUUCGACCACUCGACCACCGAAAUACAGCCCUCUGGCGAAAACCAGUACUACUCCUCUGUUACGACCGCUCCACCCAAAGAGGCUCCUCCUCAGCCUUCCCUACUACAUCGUUCUGUGACUGCCGUCACCGCCGUCACUGGCAAGUUCCGCGUCGGCGAUCCUGUCAAGAGAGCGUAUUUGAGGACGAGCUUCUUGUUCGCGCUGAGCGUGCUGGCCACCUGGAUUCCCAGCAGCUUGAAUCGCAUCCACGGCUGGCUUGACGGAGGAUCGCCCUACCCGUUUCACCUCGCAACAGCCGCAGUCUUGCCCUUGCAAGGAUUGUGGAACGGAAUCAUCUUCUUCGUCACUAGCUGGCACCCCAUCAAGGCAUGGGUGCGCGAGCAGCUCAAAGGCGGCGCCGCGAAGGUUGAGCGUCGCCAUACGGACGACCUUGCCAUGAACGAGCGAAUGACUGCUCCGCUAGGACGAUGCGAAUCUUUUAUAGAUGACGGAGAUUCUGCGACUAUCGGAAGCGACGUGGAGCUGAGACGCGUGGCCAACUUGGGGGCCAAGACCUCUCACUCCUUAUAG